UAACUUUCCACAAGGAGAAAAAAUAGAAAAUACGCCUUAACGACCCCAUCUCUCUAUGUAUGUCUAUGUGUGUGUGUGUGUGUGUGUGUAUAUAUAUAUAUGAGAAACGAAGUCUAUUCAAGUCAAUGAGGGCAGAGAAAGUACCUGCAGGUGUAGCAUAAAUAUUGUGGGAGGCUCUUUACCUUUCAAUCCACAGAACAUAUUCUGUUAACUUGUUUCUGCUGAUCAGAGCUUCUCCAAUGGCGUAUCAUCCAUGGUCUUCGGAGAUGCUUAACAAGAUUCUUGGAACGGUUUGUGGCAAGAAUCGAGAGGCGCCCAUUGAAGACAAAGGCAAUAAGAUUAAAGGGACUGUGAAGUUGAUGAAGAAGAAUGUACUGGACGUGACCGAUCUAGGAGCGUCGAUUCUUGAUCGGGUUCACGAGGUUUUCGGCAAAGGCGUCUCACUUCAGCUUAUCAGCGCUGUUCAUGGCGACCCAGAAAAUGGAUCGCGGGGGAAGCUCGGGAAAAUAUCCUAUUUGGAAAAUUGGAUUGCGACAAUCACCUCAGUAAGAGCCAGAGAAGCUACAUUCAACAUCAAAUUUGACUGGGAUGAGACCAUGGGUAUUCCUGGUGCUUUCAUCAUUAGAAACCACCACCACAGCCAGUUAUACCUCAAGACAGUCAUCUUAGACGAUGUUCCUGGGCACGAUGGUCCAGUCAUUUUCGAAUGCAAUUCUUGGGUUUACCCAAAACAUCGAUACAAAUACAAUCGAGUCUUCUUUGCAAAUAAGACCUACCUGCCAUGUAAUACACCAGAACCGCUACGCCAGUAUAGGGAAGAAGAACUUAUUAAUCUUCGUAGUGGAAAUGGGUCAGGCAUGCUCAAGGAAUGGGACAGAGUCUACGACUAUGCAUAUUACAAUGAUCUGGGAAGUCCAGACAAGGGCAAGGAGUAUGAACGCCCUGUUCUUGGUGGAUCUGAGGAGUACCCAUAUCCUCGUAGGGGCAAAACUGGCCGCCCACCUACAAAAAAAGAUCCCAAGUCGGAAAGCAGAUUGCCACUUCUAAGUUUAGAUAUAUAUGUUCCAAAAGAUGAACGUUUUACUCAAGUGAAGAUGUCGGAUUUCCUUGCCUAUUCUCUAAAAUCCUUGUGUCAAAUAAUGCGCGCAGAAAUCACUUUAUUUGACAAAACGCCUAGCGAGUUUGACACUUUCCAGGAUAUAAUCAACCUGUAUGAAGGUAAGGUUAAGCUUCCAAACGGGGACACACACAAUAAACUUGGGGAGUGCGUCCCAUUGGAGCUGAUCAAGGAGCUCAUUCGUUCUGAUGGUGAGCGGCACCACAACUUCCCAAUGCCUGAUGUAAUCAAAGAGGAUAAGUCUGCCUGGAGGACAGAUGAAGAAUUUGCGCGAGAAAUGCUUGCUGGAGUGAAUCCUGUUGUCAUCAGUUGCCUCCAGGAGUUCCCACCUGCUAGCAAGCUAGACCCUGAGCUAUAUGGCAACCAGACGAGUUCAAUGAGUACAGAGCAUAUUGAGAAAAACAUGAAUGGGUUAACCAUAGAUCAAGCAAUUAAGGACAACAAGCUGUUCAUACUAGAUCAUCAUGAUGCACUGAUGCUAUACCUGAGACGGAUAAACACCACCACCACAAAAACCUAUGCCAGCAGAACACUCCUCUUACUGCAAGAUGAUGGGACAUUGAAACCGCUAGCAAUUGAGUUGAGCUUACCUCAUCCCCAAGGUGACCUACAUGGUGUCACCAGCCAAGUAUUCACUCCAGCAGAGAAUGGUAUUGAAGGUUCAGUGUGGCAGCUGGCCAAAGCUUAUGCUGCUGUAAAUGAUUCGGGCUGUCAUCAGCUCAUUAGCCACUGGUUGAACACCCAUGCCGUAAUAGAGCCAUUUGUUAUUGCAACCAAUAGACAAUUAAGUGUGCUUCACCCGAUAUAUAAGCUCUUGAAACCCCACUUCCGUGAUACAAUGUACAUAAAUGCCUUGGCAAGACAGAUCCUCAUCAAUGCCGGUGGGGUGCUUGAGAUAACAGUCUUCCCAGGUAGAUUUGCCAUGGAAAUGUCUGCCGUUAUUUAUAAGGACUGGGUUUUCACUGAGCAGGCACUUCCUGAAGAUCUUCUCAAAAGAGGAAUGGCAGUCCGAGACUCAAGCCAGCCUCAUGGCCUCAGACUUCUGAUAGAGGAUUACCCCUAUGCUGUUGAUGGACUUGAAAUUUGGUCUGCAAUUGAAACUUGGGUCAGUGAAUAUUGUUCUUUCUACUACCCCACAGAUGAGUUUAUCCAAGAUGACUCUGAACUCCAGUCAUGGUGGUUGGAGCUCCGUACCGUGGGCCAUGGUGAUAAGAAAGAUGAGCCAUGGUGGCCUAAAAUGCAGACACAAGCUGACCUCAUCCAAACAUGCACCAUCAUCAUAUGGGUGGCUUCGGCCCUCCAUGCAGCUGUCAAUUUUGGGCAAUACCCUUAUGCUGGUUACCUCCCAAACCGCCCGACCAUAAGCCGCCGCUUUAUGCCCGAACCAGGUACUCCUGAAUAUGCCGAGCUUGAGUCAAACCCAGAAGUGGCCUUUUUGAAAACAAUUACAAGCCAACUUCAAACCCUUCUUGGUGUGUCCCUGAUAGAGAUGUUGUCCCGGCAUUCUGCUGAUGAGGUCUAUCUUGGGCAGAGAGACACUUCUGAGUGGACUACUGACGCUCAGCCCCGAGAGGCAUUUGAGAGGUUUGGGGUGAAGCUGGUAGAAAUCGAAAACAGAAUAAUGCAUAGAAACAAUGAUGAGAGAUUGAAGAACCGAUGUGGGCCUGUCAAGGUGCCUUAUACCUUGCUCUAUCCCAACGCCUCAGAUUACAGUGGAGCUAGUGGCCUUACUGGCAAGGGAAUUCCAAACAGUGUCUCAAUCUGAAUCUUUGAAGCAAUUGGUUAACAAGUGGUUUUUAAGCUACGAUAUUGUCAGUAUGUUGUACUAUAUAAGGUGAGAUUAGGUUUUUGUAUUAUCAUUUUCUGUGAAUCUUAUUGGAGGCAAGUAUUAAUGAAGGUAUUCAAGAUGUUCCCUAUAAUUAUACAUGCUAUAUCUUAUAUCUUAGCUGCUCUUUUCCCA